GAGUUCAGCACAUCACCUUUCCUGUCAUCAUCAAAGGCAUCAUCACCUAGAUUUUCUCCUAUUCCCAUUCAUAACGCUGUCUCACCAUGUAUUUGGAAAACAAAAGCAACCUGGAGAUUGAGAUGUCUCAGACUUCUGCCCAAGGCCAUCAGGGCAGGAACAGCCUAAGGGCACCAGAAGCAGUUGCAGGGAACUUUGGAGAGCUGCGUCUGCUGCAGGGCAUCUCAGAGAGGGGAAACACCCAGAAAUCUCCUGUUAUGCCCUCUGGACAGCGGGUCAUCCAUACAGAAGGAUUCGUCCCUGUUAGACAAGAAGACAGGAAUAACUUCAGUGCUGUUAACUUUCUCAGAGAAAAAACUAAUUCAGCCAACCUAACAGAGAGGUCUCCUCUACUGAGAUUCUCCCAAGAUGAAAGCAUCACCUACAUGACCGUACAUGAUCCCAGCUUUGUUGGAGUGGAGGAGUCCUGGGAAAACGGCUCUCUGGACAUAGAGAGACGAUAUCGGUUGGGCAGCGAGGUCACCAGCCUGUCACACUCCAACUCUUCUGAGAAGUAUGACACUCUGGAGAAUCUCAAUCGUAGCUUCAGACUCACCAGCAGUGUCAAGUGCUGCCUCAGAGCCUCCAAAAUUGCCACUAUCUUUGUUAUUGUUGUUAUCUGCAGUCUCCUUUUCAGUAUGUAUCCAGAUCGAGACAACCCCUGGAGGAUGUUGGCAGUCUCUCCAACAGACAGCUUCUCAAUGAAUGUGACAGACUUCCGUGAUAAUGCUUUGCUGAAGCUACAGGUGGCAGGACCUUUUGCAGGAGGGGUGGUUGACCCCACCACCCAGGACUACAUCCUGAUUCAGGUGGAGCAGACCGAUCAGCCAGGACAACGCAGGCGGAGGACUCAGCAGGUGACCUAUAACUGGACCAUUCCCCUGCAUGCUGAGCGAAGUGAUCAGAUAGUGUCAACAAAAACCUUUGAAAUGCUCAGCAGCGACCCUAUCGCCAUCACAAUUCAGGCCUUCCUGCAGGAUAAUGAAGUGGUGCCAUUGUCCAUGACCCACCAAUCGCUCUACGUCACCAUGGAGACACAGGUGGCCAUCGCUGGAGUCAUCCUUGCCGGGGUCUAUGUUCUCAUCAUCUUUGAGAUUGUCCACCGCACUCUGGCUGCCAUGCUGGGAUCGCUAGCAGCUUUAGCAGCUUUGGCUAUCAUUGGUGAUAGACCCAGUCUGGUUACUGUGGUGGAGUGGAUCGACUACGAAACACUGGCUCUUCUGUUUGGCAUGAUGGUGCUGGUGGCCAUUUUUUCAGAGACGGGAUUCUUUGACUAUUGUGCCGUGAAGGCUUACCAGUUAUCUAGAGGAAGGGUGUGGCCGAUGAUCAUCAUCCUCUGUCUGAUCGCUGCCAUUCUGUCUGCUUUUCUGGAUAAUGUGACCACUAUGAUGCUUUUCACCCCAGUCACCAUAAGGUUGUGUGAGGUGCUUAAUCUAGACCCCAGACAUGUCCUGAUUGCAGAAGUAAUCUUCACCAACAUCGGAGGGGCCGCCACAGCUGUCGGAGAUCCUCCCAAUGUGAUUAUAGUGUCAAACCAGGGCCUGCGCAAAGAAGGAAUUGAUUUUGCCAGUUUCACAGGCUACAUGUUCCUUGGGAUAUGCCUCGUCCUUUUCACAUCAUUUCCUUUCCUGCGAUUGCUCUACUGGAACAAAAAACUUUACAACAAAGAGUCAAUUGAAAUAGUUGAACUAAAGCAUGAGAUCCUGGUUUGGAGGCAAACAGCUCAGCGUAUUAAUCCCGCCAGCCGAGAGGAGACAGCGGUGAAAUGCCUUCUGAUGCAAAAAGUGCUCAACUUGGAAAAUCUGCUUCGCAAGAUGAUGAAAACUUUCCAAAGACAAAUUUCUCAAGAGGAUAAAAACUGGGAGCAAAACAUUCAAGAGCUGCAAAAGAAACACAGAAUAACUGAUAAGGUUCUCCUGGUGAAAUGUGCAUCCGUCCUUGGUGUGGUGAUCUUCAUGUUCUUUCUCAACUCCUUUGUUCCCAGCAUUCAUCUUGAGCUUGGUUGGAUCGCUAUCCUGGGUGCACUUUGGCUUUUGGUUCUGGCUGAUGUCCAGGAUUUUGAGAUCAUUCUGCACCGUGUGGAGUGGGCCACGCUGCUGUUUUUUGCUGCGCUCUUCGUUUUGAUGGAGGCUUUAGCCCAGCUGCAGCUUAUCGACUACAUCGGAGAGCAGACAGCCCUGCUUAUAAAAGCGGUGCCAGAAGACCAGCGCUUGGCUAUAGCCAUUAUCUUAGUGAUGUGGGUGUCGGCUCUGGCUUCCUCUCUCAUUGACAACAUCCCCUUCACUGCUACCAUGAUUCCAGUUCUCAUCAACCUGAGUCAGGAUGCAGAUGUCAACCUGCCAGUAAAACCUCUCAUCUUUGCUUUGGCCAUGGGAGCCUGUCUUGGCGGAAACGGAACACUGAUAGGAGCUUCGGCCAACGUUGUGUGUGCAGGAAUCGCUGAACAACACGGAUAUGGCUUUUCCUUUGUGGAGUUUUUCAAGUUAGGAUUCCCCAUGAUGAUAAUGACAUGUAUGAUCGCCAUGUGCUACCUGCUGGCCACCCACAUCGGACUGGGGUGGAACAUGUGAACCACACCUCCUCUACAGAGCCAAAGAAACUGUGUGUGUUUGUGUGUGUGUGUGUGUGAACACAGUGAGUUUCAGCUCACUGUGUAACCUGACUGACCAAUCAGGUUACAAGCACUACAUGAAGCACUGCAACCAUGUUUUCUUCAAAUUGUGGUGAAGUGUCUUUGCACCAUCAGGGACCAAAUUCACAGGAGCUUUGACCAAAUCUAGGAAAUGUUUCUUUACUGUAAAAAAAAAAAAAAAGGCUCAUCUCCAUAACGGUGUACAUGGUGCUAUGUUCUCAGCGGGUGUAACUGGUGUAAAUGAUUUCAGCUGUGGUCUCAGACCUCAUACUGUUGGAAAUCCACGUGGCCUCUUCACAAAAAGCAGUACGUCAUGACUUCAGGCUCAUAUGUCACAUAAUUUGCUUUUUAUACAUUUAGAGGACCGAUCUUGAUUUGUCUCUGACAAGUAUUACUCCCUGGUUUCCCAAUUUUUUGCAGAUUUUUUUUUAAAAAUCACGAAACCCAGUGAAAGGGAUUUUAUAACAGCUUAUGUCUAUUUCUUUGUUUGAUUCUCAAAUCUUGAGUCAGUUUAACUGGAAAAGGCUAAAGGAAACAGGAAAACAGCAGUGGAUUUCUCAGCUCUAUGAAUGAAUAUACACAAAAACUGAUGUAGUCCAGUUAAUCAUAUUGAAUAGUAAGUACUUAGAAACGGUCAUAAAAAACAGUUUCCUGUAUUUAUUGUACAGCCCAACAACCAGAACAACAUCUAUGUUUGAUGAUAACUGAGAUGAACAUGAACAAUAAAAAAGUCAUGUCUGGAUUUUAUUUGAGUC